GAGGCGAUUCUUAUCUGAGAUUGUCCACCACCUGCUGUUCAGCCGUGGGCCCACGAGACUUUCCUUCCAGUUUUAGAGCUGUGCUGAAUUCACCACCUCUUUUGGCUGCCAGGCUGGGGAGCCCUCCUUUCCAGCACUCCUUCCAGGACCAAAACCUGACCCCACCACCCCCUGGGGUGUGCCGGUGCCUCAAGAACAAGGUCGAAGAUCUGAGCCAGAGGGAGAGGACACCCGGACAGAUGUCAAUUUCUCAUGAUCAAACACAUCUCCACAUCCUCUCAGCUUUACAGGAGAGAAUUCUUCCCUACAGACUGCCGUUUAACUACUUUGUUGCUGUUUAUCAGAAACCAAAAAGGUGGUUUUUUGCUUGCAGUUUUGAAUACAGAGAGCGAAUUUAUUUUGGGCCGGAAUGAAUUUCAAGACUACUACUGCCUGAAGCUCCGCUUCUCAGGGCUCCACCCCAACCCUCUAAGGCGCUUUUGGCCCGCGAUGAAACACGGGAUGCUUCAGGCCCCAAAGAGAUCUUCUGAGAGUUGAGUGUAAAGGAAGAGGUGGAAGUCGCGGGGGAGGAUGAGAACAGAAACCAUUUUGCAGCGCCAACUUGGACGCUGGAACAGCCCCCCUGAAGUGUGAUAAAUGGUAAACGUCCUGCGCGCUUAGAACCCGUGGAAAUGACGAAGGACAAGCGUGCAGACCUUUGGAGGGAACGUGGGAGAGGAAACCUGGGUUUUAAGGCCCAGCUUAGGCGUUGUUUGGCAAAACACAGAGCACUUCGCUUUCUGACUUGACCUUCUAGCCUCAACGCGAAACUGAAAAACUUUCUCUUCCUCCUCCCCCAUCCUUUUGUCUGUGGGGUUGGGUGUGUUUCUCCUGGAACCCCCAGCUCGCCGGGGUCCCGGAAUUCCAACACCACCUUCCAGACCCAGGUUUGAGAAACAGGUUCGGUCGCGUUUCUUCCGCGCGUCAAGGACCCCGAGGGCUGCAGCCUCGGAGGACGACCGCCCGCGGCCCCCCGCAGCCGUGGGCCAGCCGAGCCGGGGAGUCGGCGCCUCCGGGGCAACCGGGGCGCGCAGAGCCGGGGGCGGGCGGCUGCAGGGCCCGGCGCGCCACCGCGCGAGCUGCUGGGUCACACGCCCGGGCCGCGCCGCCGGCUCCGCGAGGAAGUGACGACUGCGCCGUCCCGAGAGCAACAAAGUUUGAGUCUGCGGGCUGCGCUCGCCUGCGCCCCGCGCCCCUCUGAGCGGCCCUGGGAUCCAGCGCGCAGGCUCCAGGGCCUGUGCAACAUCAUGAACUGGGCAGAGUAGCCGAGCCCAAGAACCUCUCCGCCAAGCGCAAGGAAGAGCCGACCUGCUAUCUCCCCGUGCCUGGCCUCAUCCCUCUCCCGCUCUGCCCCCACUGGCUCCCGGACAAGAGCUGGGCUUCCAGCAGGACCUUCCCACAGGGGAUGGGCAACUGGUGAAGUAGGGCUCACUGCCAGGGGCCCGGUUGGCCACACCAUGAACCUCCAGGCCCAGCCCAAGGCUCAGAACAAGCGGAAGCGUUGCCUCUUUGGGGACCAGGAACCAGCUCCCAAGGAGCAGCCCCCACCCCUGCAGGCCCCACAGCAGCCCCCUGCCUCUCCACAGUCCACCAGAGUGAAGGAGGAGCCUUACUUCAGGCACGAGGGCCCGGCAGGGGCGGCCCCCGUCUCCCAGCCUGUGGAGCUGCCCCCUCCCAACAGCCUGGCCCUGCUGAACUCCGUGGUGUAUGGUCCCGAGCGGACCACGGCGGCCAUGCUGUCCCAGCAGGUGGGCUCGGUCAAGUGGCCCAACUCCGUGAUGGCUCCCGGGCGGGGCCCCGAGCGCGGAGGCGGCGGGGGCGUCAGCGACAGCGGCUGGCAGCAGCAGCCGGGCCAGCCUCCGCCCCCCACGACGUGGAACCGCCACAGCCUGCCUCUCUACAGUGGACCCAAGGGGAGCCCCCACCCCGGCAUGGGGGUCUCUACGUACUACAGCCACCCCGAGGCGCUGAAGCGGGACAAAGGAGCGGGGCCGCAGCUGGACCGCUACGGAAAUGCCGUGCGGCCGAUGAUGCCGCAGAAGGUGCAGCUGGAGGUCGGGCGGCCCCAGGCGCCCCUGAACUCUUUCCAUGUGGCCAAGAAGCCCCCAAACCAGACCCUGCCCCUGCAACCCUUCCAGCUGGCGUUCGGCCACCAGGUGAACCGGCAGGUCUUCCGGCAGGGCCCACCGCCCCCCAACCCGGUGGCGGCUUUCCCUCCGCAGAAGCAGCAGCAGCAGCAGCCGCCGGCGCCGCAGGCCGCUCUCCCGCAGAUGCCGCUCUUCGAGAACUUCUAUCCCAUGCAGCAGCCCCCCUCGCAGCAGCCCCAGGACUUUGGGCUGCAGCCGGCCGGGCCGCUGGGGCAGUCGCACCUGGCUCACCACAGCAUGGCGCCCUACCCCUUUCCCCCCAACCCUGACAUGAACCCAGAACUGCGCAAGGCCCUCCUGCAGGAGUCAGCCCCACAGCCUGUGCUACCUCAGUCCCAGAUCGCCUUCCCCCGGCGCUCCCGCCGCCUCUCGAAGGAGGGCGUCCUGCCUCCCGCCCCCCUGGAUGUGGCUGGCACCCAGCCUGGACAGGAGCCCACCAGCAACCUGUUCCUGCAUCACUGGCCCCCACAGCAGCCGCCGCCUGGGCCCCUGGGGCAGCCGCAUCCUGAAGCUCUAGGAUUCCCGCUGGAGCUGAGGGAGUCGCAGCUGCUGUCCGAUGGGGAGAGACUGGCACCCAACGGCCGGGAGCGGGAGGCUCCCGCCAUGGGCAGUGAGGAGGGCGUGCGGGCCGUGGGCACGGGGGACUGUGGGCAGGUGCUACGGGGUGGGGUGAUCCAGAGCACUCGACGGAGGCGCCGGGCGUCGCAGGAGGCCAAUUUGCUGACCUUGGCCCAGAAGGCAGUGGAGCUGGCCUCACUGCAGAACGCAAAGGAUGCCAGUGGCUCUGAGGAGAAGCGGAAAAGUGUGUUGGCUUCAACUACCAAGUGUGGGGUGGAGUUUUCUGAGCCUUCCUUAGCUGCCAAGCGAGCACGAGAGGACAGUGGGAUGGUACCUCUCAUCAUCCCAGUAUCUGUGCCUGUGCGGACUAUGGACCCAAAUGAGGCGGCCCAGGCUGGAGGUGUUGACGAGGAUGGGAAGGGUCCUGAACAGAACCCCACGGAACACAAGCCGUCCGUCAUCGUCACCCGCAGGCGGUCCACCCGUAUCCCGGGGGCUGAUGCCCCAGCUCAGGCUGAGGACAUGAAUGUCAAGCUGGAAGGGGACACUUCAGUGCGGAAACCAAAGCAGCGGCCACGGCCUGAGCCCCUGAUCAUCCCCACCAAGGCGGGCACCUUCAUUGCCCCUCCCGUCUACUCCAACAUCACCCCAUACCAGAGCCACCUGCGCUCUCCUGUCCGCCUCGCCGACCACCCCUCUGAGCGGAGCUUUGAGCUGCCCCCCUACACGCCUCCCCCCAUCCUCAGCCCUGUGCGGGAGGGCUCCGGCCUCUAUUUCAAUGCCAUCAUGUCAACCAGCAGCAUCCCGGCCCCUCCUCCCAUCACGCCAAAGAGUGCCCAUCGCACCCUGCUCCGGUCUAAUAGCGCUGAAGUCACCCCACCUGUCCUCUCUGUGAUGGGGGAGGCCACCCCAGUGAGCAUCGAGCCACGGAUCAAUGUGGGCUCCCGGUUCCAAGCGGAAAUCCCCUCGAUGAGGGAUCGCGCCCUGGCAGCCGCCGACCCCCACAAGGCUGACUUGGUGUGGCAGCCGUGGGAGAACCUCGAGAGCAGCCGGGAGAAGCAGAGGCAAGUGGAAGACUUGUUGACUGCCGCCUGUUCCAGUAUUUUCCCUGGAGCUGGCACCAACCAGGAGCUGGCACUGCAUUGUCUGCACGAGUCCAGGGGAGACAUCCUGGAAACGCUGAAUAAGCUGCUACUGAAGAAGCCCCUGCGGCCCCAUAACCACCCGCUGGCGACGUAUCACUACACAGGCUCUGACCAGUGGAAGAUGGCAGAGAGGAAGCUGUUCAACAAGGGCAUUGCUAUCUACAAGAAGGACUUCUUCCUGGUGCAGAAGCUGAUCCAGACCAAGACGGUGGCCCAGUGCGUGGAGUUCUAUUACACCUACAAGAAGCAGGUGAAAAUUGGCCGCAAUGGGACGCUAACCUUCGGGGACGUGGAUAUAAGUGAUGAGAAGUCGGCCCAGGAAGAGGUUGAAGUGGAUAUUAAGACUUCCCAGAAGUUCCCUAGGGUGCCUCCUCCCAGAAGAGAGUCUCCAGGUGAAGAGAGGCUGGAGCCCAAGAGGGAAGUAAAGGAGACCAGGAAGGAGGGGGAGGAGCAAGUGCCAGAGACCCCGGAGAAGGGAGAGCAGGAAGAGGGGCGAGAGCGAAGCCGGAGGGCGGCGGCUGUCAAAGCCACACAGACACUACAGGCCAAUGAGUCGGCCAAUGACGUCCUCAUCCUCCGGAGCCAUGAAUCCAAUGCCCCUGGGUCUGCUGGUGGCCAGGCCUCAGAGAAGCCAAGGGAGGGCGCCGGGAAGUCACGGAGGGCACUACCUUUUUCAGAGAAGAAGAAAAAACCGGAGACAUUUAACAAGACCCAAAAUCAGGAGAACACUUUCCCUUGUAAAAAAUGUGGCAGGGUGUUCUACAAGGUGAAGAGCCGCAGCGCCCACAUGAAGAGCCACGCCGAGCAGGAGAAGAAGGCCGCCGCGCUGAGGCAGAAGGAGAAGGAAGCGGCGGCUGCUGCGGCCACCGCAGCCGCCAACUCUCCCCACCAGCCGGCCCUGCGCGAGGAGAGCGGCGCGGGGGAGCGGGGCUGACGGCCCGGGGUGGGGGGGCCCGGCCGAGAGGGCGCACCGCGGCUAGCCCGAGCCCCUGCAGCCCCCGCAGCCCCCGCAGCCCCCGGGAGCCGCCAGAUGGAGCGCCCAGAGACGGCGCGGACUCUGCUCUGCAGAACCAGACAAUAAAAUAAACGGCUCUGGUAGUUAUCAAAGGCCCAGGAGCAGUCUUCAGGGCUGCAGGAUCCAGUUCUCUUGCAUUCGGGGUCGGAAGUUGUCUUCAGUCUUCACGCUCUCCUGGAACCGCAGAACAGCGAAGGUCCCUGCCGGCUGGGGCUGCCCCUCGGGAGGGCCGUCGCCGCCACCUACGCCGGGAUGUCUGCCACCCCGUUCCUCUUUGUGUGUCCCCGCCACCCCCCCCACCCCUUCGGUCGUGGAGAGCCAGGCAGGAUGGUUCUUCUCCCCGAGGACAUCCGAGGUGGCACAGGUCCUGCCCCCAAGCCCCCGGCCAAAGGGACUCCCCUGGAGGGAGUGUGGCGGUCCUCUCUGAGAGGGAGCUCAGCCUGGUACCCGUGCUGUCCCCUGUAUGACAAGGGCCAGGCCUACGCUGCUCCAGUGACCCAGUCCUCAGGCCACCUCCUCUGGGAGGAGAGCUGCCGGAAUGCCUAGAGGUCAGAGGACAGGUGCCUGUCCCUUUGCUGCUGGCCCGCAGCCUGCUGGGGCUGAACAGUUUCUUGAAUAGGGGUGGGGUGGGGGUGGGGCAGUGUUCCUCUCCGGAGCCGCCCCGGAGGGGCUAGGAAGGGUGCAGAGAGUGGAAGCUGCUGGGCUGGGCUGGAGGGAACUCUGAGAUAGACCUUUGACUCUCCUGCUUCCCACCUUUUUGCCAAACACCUUUGGGCCCUGGAGGCUGCAAAGGGAGCUUAUCCCGGGCCCAGCCUGCUCCCCCUUGGUGCGAGUUCCUUCCCUGCCUCUUUCCUGCCCUUGGCUGCUCCCCUCUAUCCCCAUCCCAUCUGGUCUAGUGCAGCCCCCAGUCCUGCCUGCUGGAGAUUUCUGGAUCCUUCCCUGGGAGGGCGAGGUCUCCUAACCAGAUUGGACAGGAGCCUUCAUUCCUUGACUUGUGUCAUUUGGGAGCUAUUUAUUUAUUCGUAAUAUUUAAUUUUUAACAUCCUCUCAGGGACCAGGGGCCUCCUGCUUUACAGAGGCCCAAGUGCAUUUAUCCCAAAACAAGGCACCUUCUUGGCAUCCACCCCACCCCCCAUUCCUAAGACCCUAAGGUCCCUCACCUCAUUGCUCUGGAAGCUCUUGCCAUUAGGAGUGAUAGUAGCACUGAAAGAGGGUAGAAAGGUGUAAGGUGUCACCAAAGCCACACACAGACUAGCAGAAGCAAGGGAGCUCAAAGGCAGUUCUUAAUUGCUACCUCUUCUCUGGCUGUAUUUUCAAGUUGCCUGAGGGGAUUGGCUGGAAGCCAGGAUUCUGGCCUUGUUUCUGGCUUGACUGAAGCCAUAUUUGGCAUGGAGUCACUGAAGUGAAGGGCUGGAAGUUUCUAGGGGCCCCAGCACUUGCCAGUCCUGUAGGAGGGCUGAGUUACUUUUCUAUCUUGUUAUUCAGCCUUAGUUGUGUUAAAAGCUACAAGUGAAUGCAUAUAUAUGACAGGUCAGCAGGUUAGGAAGGAGCUAAAAAUUCUGCCACUCUCCUUAUGAGAUAGCCAAAAGGCGCCUUGUCUGAUAGGGAGUGGGGAAGGAGUUUCUUUCUAAACUGCACUAACAGGUGUUUCUCAGCAUUCAUUGAUGCAUUAAUAUGGUUCUUCAGGACCCCAGUGAUGGGAGUAACAAAAUUCUUCUCCCUGCCAGACUCCAGGAAGCUACCUACAUCUUCAAGUUCCCAGUUAAUUUCCCCCAAAGGCUUCUUCAUGGUCCCAAGACUGCAAAAAUCUGGCAUACCCUCCGGAAACAGGAGGGUGGCAAAUUUAGGCUGUCUUCUCAAUCACUUGUAUAAUAAGAGUGCCUUCGCAGCUUUGCCCCAAAGUGCUACUUAUGUUUCCCGAGGUUUUUUCUAUUUCGGUAGUAUUUAGUUUCAGGCUCCUCUGUAGACACAUGGUAAGAGGAAACCUCCUUCGUUUAGAGUAAUUCUCCUAUUCUAAGCUCAUAGAAACCAGACUGGGUAAAUGUUGGUGGAGAAAAUCAAGCUGGUACCUGUGUAUUAAUUCCACCAGACACUGUAUUUUAGAAGGGCUCAUGCUCCAUGGUGGAGUCCUAUCUAGAAUAUUUGGUGAAAGUUAAAACGUGUAGCAGGCAGAUGCCAUUGUUCCAAGUGACCUGCGAACAAAGUAGGUGCAGCCAUAGGAGUUGGGACAGGUAUAUCCUUUAUGGUGCUUUCUCCCUGUGAACACAAUUAGCUCGUCUUUUGUUAAUUCUUUUUCUUACUGUCUUCUGUUCAGAGCUGUUUGCUUAAAGAAGUUAAAUGACAAACAACUCCGGCUUUCUGAUGCCCUCCCCACGCCAUCUCCCAUAUCCAUCUUCCAGUCUCCACCUACACUUAGCUAAGGGCAUGAAGCUAACCUAGUGCCUGUGUUCCAGACCAUUUCUGAGGUCUCUCACCCACCCAAGGAGACUGUGCUUCAGCACACUGUCCUCCAUGCCUUCAGCAGCCCCCCUCACAGCUAAGGGACACCCUCAUCCCUUCUGCCACCCCCCCUACCCCUGACACAGAGGUUGUAUGUUGCUUAUGUCUAGAGAGAUCCCCUAUAUUUAACUGCCUCAGUGACCUGACCUCUUUCUUCUCAUGUGCCAGAUGUUAAGAUGAAGGAGGAAUACAACACAUACUCAAGCCUCAGCUAUUUAAAUAUACUUUCCCUGGGGCUAUCUUUUUUCGAAUGGUAUUUAUUACCAGACUGGCAAGCCUAAAUCCUUAGGUUUACAGGAAGUAUGCAUAUUUUUAUAAAACAAUUGUAUGUCCUCCCCAUAUUUUGCUGUGUUAAUAUUUGCCUCUAACAGUUUGCAGCUGUUUCAACUUUCCCUCAUUUGUCUCUAAGUUGAAGGCCUUGUUUGGAGGGGACAGCACAGGAACAGCCUUGACAGUCUGUAAUUAUUGUACAAAUAUUUUAAUAGCAUAUAAAUAAGUAUAUUCCUUUUAUUUUGGAAAAAAAUGAUCAGACACUGCCUUUUGUGUGUUUGCUGCCUGUGGCACCCUUUUUUAAAAAGACUGUUACAUAUUAAAAUAGUGUGUAUAUAUAUAUAUAAAUAUUACCUCUUUUGCUGUACAGUUGUGAUAGACCAGACUGAAGAUUUUAUUUUUUGUGUGCUUUUUAUAAAAAAGAAAAAAUAACACACUAAAGUAAAUCUUGCGGAUGUGAUUGUAAUGUACCUAUGUAACUUAUUUACUUUUGAAUGUUCUUCUGUAUCUUUAAACCUUUUAUUAAAUAAGGUUUUAAAAAUU